AAAGACUGGGAGAAACCUGUGUGUGGGGAAGUCAGCCCCUCAGUACAGCAACAACAACUGCGACAAAUAAUUCAGCAGUCAUGGACUCCUCUGAAUGCCACAGGAAAAAAGUCGCUGUCAUUGGUGGAGGCUUGGUUGGAUCAUUAAAUGCAUGCUUCCUUGCAAAGAGGAAUUUCCAGGUUGAUGUAUAUGAAGCUAGGGAAGAUAUUCGAGUGGCUAAAUUUACACGUGGAAGAAGCAUUAACUUGGCCCUUUCUUAUAGAGGACGACAAGCCUUGAAAGCCAUUGGCCUGGAAGAUCAGAUUGUAUCCCAAGGUGUUCCCAUGAGAGCAAGAAUGAUUCACUCUCUUUCAGGUAAAAAGUCUGCAAUUCCCUAUGGGACAAAGUCACAGUAUAUUCUUUCUAUAAGCAGAGAAAAUUUAAACAAGGAUCUAUUGAAUGCUGUUGAGAAAUACUCCAAUGCCAAGGUGCACUUUGGCCACAGGCUGUUGAAAUGUAAUCUUGAGGAAGGAACAAUCACGGUGCUUGGACCUGAUAAUGUUCCCAAAGAUGUCACUUGUGACCUCACUGUAGGAUGUGAUGGAGCCUAUUCAACAGUCAGAACUCACCUCAUGAAGAAACCCCGUUUUGAUUACAGUCAGCAAUACAUUCCUCAUGGGUACAUAGAGUUGACUAUUCCACCUAAGAACGGGGAUUAUGCCAUGGAACCUAAUUAUCUGCAUAUUUGGCCUAGAAAUACCUUUAUGAUGAUUGCACUUCCUAACAUGAACAAAUCUUUCACGUGCACUUUGUUCAUGCCCUUUGAAGAAUUUGAGAAACUUCUAACCGGAAGUGAUGUGCUGGACUUCUUCCAGAAGCACUUUCCAGAUUCCAUCCCUCUAAUUGGAGCGCAAGCCCUAGCACAAGAUUACUUUCUGUUGCCUGCUCAGCCCAUGAUAUCCAUAAAGUGCUCUUCUUUUCACUUUAAAUCUCACUGUGUGCUGAUGGGAGAUGCAGCACAUGCCAUUGUGCCAUUUUUUGGGCAAGGAAUGAAUGCGGGCUUUGAAGACUGCUUGGUAUUUGAUGAGUUAAUGGAAAAGUUCAAUAAUGAUCUUAGUAUAUGUCUUCCUGAAUUCUCAAGAUUUAGAAUUCCAGAUGACCAUGCAAUUUCGGACCUAUCCAUGUAUAAUUACAUAGAGAUGCGAGCACAUGUCAACUCAAGGUGGUUCAUUUUUCAAAAGAACAUAGAGAGAGUUCUUCAUUGUAUUAUGCCAUCUACUUUUAUCCCUCUCUAUACCAUGGUCACUUUUUCCAGAAUAAGAUACCAUGAGGCAGUGCUACGCUGGCAUUGGCAAAAAAAGGUGAUAAACAGAGGACUCUUUUUCUUUGGAUCACUGAUCACCAUUGGUGGUUACUACCUACUUGUACACUACAUGUCGCUGAGACCUCUGGACCACUUGAGAAGACCAUGGAAUUGGAUCAUUUACUUCCAAAAAACAGGAUCUAUUUCUCUAAUAACUCCAGGAAAUCACUAGAACAGAUUCUGUUUAUUUACUAGGUGAUAUAAACGUUCUGAAGUAGCAACUGAUUCCUUUGUGAUCAAAAUUAAGGAUUGAAACCAUGUCUCCAUCAUAUUUAAUUCAUGAUGGGAAGAUAAUUGUGAGCUUAUAAUUAAAUUCAAAUGUAGACUUUC